UAGUGAUGUAGUCUCAGCUUACUAAAGUGACAUCACUAUGUGGCGUCCUUCCGGCCACUGGCACUUCCACACACGUCCCGAUAGCGUCUGGUCAUGUCUGAUUAUAAUUAUGUUUAUAGUCUUAAUUAAUAAAUAUAUAUUGUCAUAAACGACAGUGUCAUUAUUCAUCAAAUACACAACCACAAUACAUGGUGUCAGAAGUCAAUUCAAUCAAAAAAGAAAAAUGUCUAAAAGCGAUGAAGACACGGCAAGUGGCGAGCGGCAAGAAAUGGCUUCCAAAUCGCCAAAGAAGCUCAACAUUAUGGGUAAUAUCAAGCCCAUGAGUCUAGAAGGAAAUCUGUCCACAAACUGGAAGAGAUGGUAUCAAAGUUUUGUCAUUUUUAUGAAAGCGAGCGCCAUUUUUGAUGAGCCGGAUGACCGCAAAGUGGCUGUCUUGUUGCAUUUCAUUGGCAACGAAUGUCUUGAUAUAUUCAACACUUUCAACCUAAACAUAGAAAAUGUAAAAUUUUCGCAACUGGUCGAAAAGUUUGAACAAUACUUUGUACCUAAAAGAAACAUUACAUAUGAGUGUUACAAAUUUUUCACUACAAAACAAAAAGUAGAUGAAAGUCUAGAAGAUUUCCUAACUCGUCUUAUAAAUAAGAGUAAGUCAUGUGAAUUUGGUAGUCUCCAAGAUAGAAUGAUAAAAGAUAUUUUCAUCACUAAUAUGCAUGAAACUUUUCAUCAUGUCAGAGAAAAGUUGUUACUUGAAGAAGAUCUGUCAUUAGAAAAGGCGCGAAACCUUGCUAAAAGCAUUGUGUCAGCGAAAACACAUGCAGAAGAAUUUAAGGAGUCUUCUUCCAAUGUCUUUUAUCAAUCUCAGUCAUCAACCAAACCACAGUCACGAGCGAGCUCAAAGUCAAGAGCCAGGUCGCAGUCUCAAGAUAGAACAAAGUGUACUAAAUGUGGUCAAGUGCAUAAAUACAUGUGUCCUGCUAGAUAUGCAAAGUGUAGAAAGUGCAAAAUUAGAGGACAUUAUGAAGCGUGCUAUUCACCUCGGAAAAUUCCAUUCUCACUUCAUGAUAGACUGAAGAAGGAACUAGACAACAUGGAAAGUAUGGAUGUCAUCUGUAAGGUCACUGAGCCAACAUCAUGGCAGAACGUCUCCAGUGGCUCACCAAGGCUACGGAACAAGAUGAAAGUCUGCAACUACUGAAGAAUUACUAUCAAAAUGGAUGGCCUGAUAGAAAAUCUGAAGUCAAUAAAUUAGUCUUACCUUAUUGGAACUGUCGUCAUGAAAUACAUGCUGUCAAAGGUCUGCUAUUAAAAGGUAACAGUCUUAUUAUACCUAAAGAGUUGAGACCAGAAAUUCUGAAAAUGAUACAUAGUGGUCAUCAAGGUAUAGAAAAGUCAAAAAUUUUGCAAGAGGUGUUGUAUAUUGGCCAUUAAUGUCACAUGAUAUACAGCAAUGUGUAGAAAAUUGUGAAAUCUGUUUGUCACACAGAAAUGCAAAUCCUCCACAACCUCUAAUGUCUCAUAAGAUUAGUUCUUUUCCUUGGGAAAAAGUCGGUAUAGAUUUUUUACAAUUUAAAGGUCAAACUAUUGUUGUUGUCGAAGAUUACUAUUCUAAUUAUAUAGAAAUAGCUAAUGUCAGCUCAACAGGAGCAAAAGCAUUAAUAAAUGUUUUGAAACCUAUAUUCAGUCGUCACGGGAUUCCUGUAAAAAUAAUGUCAGAUAAUGGUCCACCCUACAGUUCACAAGAAUUUAAGCAGUUUAUAGAUUCUUGGGGUAUAUGUCAUACAACGUCAAGUCCUUACCUAUCACGGUCAAAUGGAUUAGUGGAAUCUGGAGUGAAAAUAAUAAAGCGCAUACUUACCAAAUGUGCUGAGUCUGGAGAUGAUCCUCAUCUUGCCUUGCUGCAAUAUAGAACCACACCUAGAGGAAACUUACCGUCUCCUGCUGAAUUAUUGAUGUCUCGUCGUCUCAGAACACUAAUACCUACCGUUGUUAAGCAUCUGCAACCUAAAAUAACAAGUCAUAAGGAAUAUAGGAAAAUAAAACAACAUAAUAA